UCUUUAAAAGUGCCACAAUAUUCCUAUUAUUAUUUUUGUCAAAAGAAGACUACUCUCACUAUAAAUAUAGCUCCUAUUCCAUUUAUCUAGUCUCUCUCUUUGCCAUAAAUUCACAAAAUACGAAUUCGCUUUUGUAACAAUUGAUUCAAGUUAGUCUUUAGAAGAAGAAGAUGGCAACUUCAGAGGUUGUUAAUGGCAACAACACAAAUGAGACCAAAGGAAAAACCAUUACUUGCAAAGCUGCUGUGGCACAUGGUCCUGGAGAACCCUUUGUAGUGGAAAAAAUUGUUGUGCAAUCUCCUAAGAAAAUGGAGGUUCGAAUUAAGAUCCUCUAUACUUCAAUAUGCCACACUGAUCUUAGCGCUUGGCAAGGCGAGAAUGAAUCUCAACAAGCUUAUCCUCGCAUUUUUGGUCAUGAAGCUUCUGGGGUUGUGGAGAGUGUGGGUGAAGGAGUGAGUGACAUGAAAGAAGGGGACAUGGUGGUGACAAUAUUCAAUGGAGAGUGUGGUGAGUGUAUGUAUUGCACGUGCGAGAAAACCAACAUGUGUGAAAAGUUUGGGGUAAACCCUAUGAAGAAGGAGAUGUGUGAUGGAACAAGUAGGUUCUCAACAAUAGAAGGAAAACCAAUAUUUCAUUUCUUAAACACUUCAACAUUCACGGAGUACACGGUGGUUGAUUCAGCUUGUGUUGUCAAACUCCACCCUCAACCCACCGCUACCCUCAAAAACCUCACCUUGCUUAGUUGUGGAAUUUCCACCGGAGUUGGAGCUGCUUGGAAUACUGCUAACGUCCAUGCUGGUUCAUCUGUAGCAAUUUUUGGUUUAGGUGCAGUUGGGCUCGCUGUUGCAGAAGGGGCACGAGCUAGAGGUGCUUCCAAAAUAAUAGGUGUGGAUAUCAACCCAGACAAAUUCAUCACAGCCCAAUCAAUGGGAAUCACAGACUUCAUAAAUCCGAAGGAUGAGGUGAAGCCAGUAUAUGAGAGAAUCAGAGAAAUGACUGGAGGAGGUGUACACUACAGUUUUGAAUGUACAGGGAACUUGCACGUUCUAAGGGAUGCCUUCUUGUCUGUUCAUGAGGGUUGGGGAUUGACUGUAAUAUUGGGAAUUCAUACAUCACCAAAGUUGCUUCCUAUCCACCCAAUGGAACUCUUUGAUGGUCGCAAAAUUGAAGCAUCAGUUUUUGGAGGUUUCAAAGGCAAAAGUCAAUUGCCUAAUCUUGCCACAAAAUGCAUGCAAGGAGUGAUAAACCUGGAUAAUUUCAUCACUCAUGAACUUCCCUUUGAGGAGAUAAACAAAGCCUUCGAUCUUUUAAUUUCCGGGAAGUCACUUAGAUGUCUUCUGCACCUCUAAGAGAAGACACGUUUUUAAUUCAGAUAGAGAGAACUCUCCAUUUAUGAUAUCCAAAUUCUUGAACAGAAGUAUAUCUAAAUUAAAUAUGUAAUACUUGUGUUUUUUUAGCAGUAUUUACGCGUUGCAGUGUUACCUUACUGUGAAGUGUGCUACGGUCAAGAAAGAGAAGUAGAAGUGUGCUCAAGUUUGUCCAUCUUCCAAGGUUUGGUGAAAAAGAAUAGUGGACUGCUAUUUCUUUUUCUUUAUUAUUUCUUUGCACCUUGCAAAAAUAAACACUUCCAUAGAUGGGAGAAAGUAAAAUAACAAUCAUUCUGAACUACUACAUGUAAAACUGUAAAGUAAUAUGGUUUGCAGGGAGUUUAUAAAUAGCAAACAAUUUUUCA